GCCACGGGAGAUGGGGAUAGUGUCAGAGGCUGCUCCAGGAUUUAGCAGAAGCAUUCUUGUCAACCCAAGCAGGGCAGCUGUGUGGGAAGACUGAAGGGUGGGAACCGUCUCUCUGCUAGAUAGGGCUUCAGGACACAGUUCCCACUACUGCUUUGAGGCCUCUGGGAGUGAGACAAGCAGCUCCCAAGCCCACAAGGAUAUUCAUAACAUGUCACCAAGCCCACAAGUUUGCUGCUGAGCCUCAGCCCUGCAUACAAGUGGCCAAGAGCUGGAGGCCAAGGCAGAAUUCUGCUGAGCCAAGGGCCACACUCUGAAGGUCAAACAGAUGCUACUGCCAGCCCAAGGCCAGAGCACAAAGAUCUGUACUCCCGGAGAGGACUGAGUCCUUCCUUGGCCCAGACAUCAGCCCCACUCCCAGCAUCAGCAUGAGUGAACGCAUGAACACCACUGAAAUCUUCGAAGGCAUCCGCUUCCCAGGGUUCAUUCACACUCUGGAGUCCCUGAAAGCGGCCUGUGCUUUCCAGUUCCAGGACACAGACGUCCUCUUGGUGACAUUCCCCAAGUCAGGUACCACAUGGAUGCAGCAAGUGCUGAGCCUUAUUUUCUGUGAGGGCCACCUGUGGCCUAUCUACCACCUCCCCAACUGGUCCCGCAUGCCUUGGAUAGAGCAAGUCUCCUUUAGCAAACUCUUUCCUGAGCUUAGAAGUUCCUGGCCUCGUCUGUUCACCUCCCACCUGUCUGCCAAACUCCUGGCCCCAGCCCUGAUGAAGUCCAAAGCCAAGACUGGAGUCAGAGUCCAGGGCUCAGCUACUUCAGGUCACGGCAGCUGGGGAAGUCUUGAGCCUCAGAGCACUGAGAACCAGGACUCUGUCCGCCAGGUGGUGUACAUGGCACGGAACCCCAAGGACACCCUUGUUUCCUUCUACCACUUCCACCGACUAGCCAGCUUCCUGCCCGACCCCAGCUCCUUCGAAGACUUUGUGGAUGAGUUUCUUGAGGGCACAGGCUUCUUCGGCUCCUGGUUUGACCACGUGAAGGGGUGGCUGGGCCUCCAGAAGGACCUAAAUUUGCUUUUUGUCACCUAUGAGGAGCUGCACCAGGAACCCCGCCGUACCAUCCGGAAGAUAAGUGAAUUCCUGGGGCGCUGCCUGCAGCCAGAAGAGGAAGAUGUCAUACUGGAGCACUGCAGCUUCUCCUUCAUGAGUCAGAGCAACAUGGUCAACUACAGCCUUUUGUCCAAGGAGAUCAUGGACCAUAGCAAGGGCAAGUUCCUGAGGAAAGGUGUUGUGGGGGACUGGAAGGAACACUUUACUCCUGAACUGGACAAGAAGUUCAAUGCUGUCUACCACUCCAAGAUGGGUGACUCUGGUCUCUGCCUCCCCUGGACCAUGGACUGACUCUUCUGACCCAUCUGGCCUAUUUGCACGGACCUCUCCUCCUACUGUGCUAUGCCCCUGAUCUAGCAAUAAAAGCUCAGGUCCAUGCUGUGCAGACUACCCCA